UCAGCUAGACUUCUCCCCAAAAUGUUCACUUACGUGUAGAUAUUUUGUUUGUUUGAAUGAACAUUUAAAUAGCUGCCAUUUCAGGUUUUGCAUGUCUUUGAAAAUGGAUGAUUAUAUGGAAGGAAAUUGUCCUGCAGGAGAACAAUCUGCACCAAGGGAACUGGUAGGAGGGAGCAGCACUUGCACAAAACAACAGCAACAAAUAGAACGUCAGCUGAAAUGUCUGGCAUUUCAGAAUCCAGGACCACUAUUAGCAGACUUCAACCCUGAAACCAGGGAGCAGCAGAAGAAAGCCUGCAUGUCAAUGAUAAACCAGGAUUGUUUUAAUAAUACAAAGAAAACCGUGAAGAAAUAUGACAAACAUGGCCGGCUGCUUUCCAGUAAAACAGAUUUGUGUGACUGCCUAGAGAAGAACUGCUUGGGCUGCUUCUACCCCUGCCCUAAAUGCAAUUCCACCAAAUGUGGCGCAGAGUGUCGCUGCAAUCGAAAAUGGGUUUAUGAUCAGAUUCAAAUAGAAGGUGGCCAAAUAAUCAGAUUUCCAUUUUGAAACACCAUUUUCUUGACAUCCUAUGUUGUAAAGCAGAGGCUGGACAUUCCUUUAUUUAUUUCAACAAGUGGGUGGGGUGCUUGAAAUUUCCUGUUAAGAGGAAUAAAAGUAGAGGAAAGCCAGAAUAACUACAUGCCUACAAUCAGCUUUGGGACUCAGGAUAAUCUUGAAUGGAGAAGCUGGGGGAGGAGGUUAAUACUUUCACCACCCACCACUUCUCUGCUCUAAAUCACAACUGAAACCGUCUUUUUUUUCCCCCUGGUGGUCAAAGUGCAUGCUUACCUACAUUUGGAGUGGAAAAACAGCAGAUGGGGAAAAGAUUAAGCACCUUCUCAUACCAUUUCUUCAUCAUUCCUCUGAAGCAUGUAUUUGUGCAUAAUGUGCUGCUUAGCCCUUGAACUUCUUCCAUUUAAACAAGUUAGGGGUCGGAAUUGGUUACUGGGAAGUUUAUUUAAUCUUUCUUUUCUGUUAAGUCUGUGAAGGAACAGAAGGGAUUUUUAAAACAUUUUUGUUGGACAAAUUCAGCUGCCUUGGGAAUAAACCAAUUCAAAGCCAGCAGAAGUAAAUUAAAGAAAAAAUAGAGUUGCCCUCUUCUUGUCUUCAUCUAUACAUGCCUCAUAUAGAUUAUUGUACCCUACUACUGCUCAGAUGAAAAAGUCUGUGUCCCACAACACACACUGCAAAGUGACGACUGCAGGAAAGAGAACCAAGGCAUAUAAGAUGAAUGAAAGCCUGUUCUUGGUCCCAAAUGGGCUGUUGGACAGCUUGAAAACUGAUUCCUUUUGUGUUUAUCAUCUGUGUAGAAUGAGGAGCUAUCAAAGUAAAUGUUUCAAUCCUUGAGCAAAGUUGCAGAAAAUAAAGCUAGAUAUAAAGAAUGUCAAGCAUAUAGGUUUUAUUAGUACAAAGACCAGGUUCUAAAUGCGUGAAAGGAAUGCUUAGUUUACAUUCUCGACCAUUUUACAUUUGUCUGCCAAUAAUU